CGGGCCUCCGAGGGCGCUAGGGGGCAGUGACUUCAAGUCCGGGUGGCGGCGUGGGUGCCAGGAGGACGCAAGGGAGGCGGCGGAGGCGGCGGCCUCGGUCCCCGCGAGGCGGCGGAGGGGCUCGCGGGUCCCGGGCAGAAUUUUUGGUGAGGACUCGGGAGUGUGGCGACCCGUCACGCCGUGGGACCUGAGGGAAUGGCCACAGCCCAGCGUUUCGCGAAGGUCUACAGAGAUGCGCGCUGCCCUUGGCCGAGAAAGAAGUGAGUGGCUUUUCGAGGCGGCAUGGAGGAUGAGCCGGAGCCGCCCUCUCGGUCGCGAACGCAGCUUCGGGGCAGGGUCCUGCUCCUGACCAUCUGUGCGGCUGGAAUCGGUGGAACUUUCCAGUUUGGCUACAACCUCUCCAUCAUCAAUGCACCAACCUGGCACAUUCAGGAAUUCAUCAAUGAAACCUGGCAGGCACGUACUGGAGGGCCACUUCCUGACCACCUGAUGCUGCUUGUGUGGUCCUUCGUCGUGUCUUUUUUCCCCCUGGGGGGCAUCUGUGGAGCACUGCUUGCAGGCCCCAUGGCCAUCACACUGGGAAGGAAAAAGUCCCUCCUGGUGAAUAACAUCUUUGUAGUGGUGGCAGCCAUCAUGUUUGGAUUUAGCCGCAAAGCAGGCUCCUUUGAGAUGAUCCUGCUGGGAAGACUGCUCGUGGGCAUCAGUGCAGGUGUGAGCAUGAACAUCCAGCCCAUGUACCUGGGGGAGAGCGCCCCCAAGGAGCUCCGAGGAGCCGUGGCCAUGACCUCAGCCAUCUUCACAGCCCUGGGGAUCAUGAUGGGACAGAUAGUGGGACUCAGGGAGCUCCUAGGUGGCCCACAGGCCUGGCCCCUGCUGCUGGCCACCUGCCUGGUGCCUGGGGUGCUCCAGCUUGCCUCCCUGCCCCUGCUCCCUGAGAGCCCGCGCUACCUCCUCAUUGACCGUGGAGACACCAAAGCUUGUGUGACAGCCCUGCAGCAGCUUCGAGGCCACAGGGAUGUGGCCUGGGAGCUGGAGGAGAUAGAGAAAGAGCGAGUUGCCUGCCAGGGCCAUCGUUCUAGGCGCCCAUGGGAGCUGUUCCAGGAUCCUGCCCUGCGGAGGCAGGGGAUCACCCUGGUGGUCCUGAGCAGUGCCAUGGAGCUCUGUGGGAACGACUCGGUGUACGCCUAUGCCUCUUCCAUAUUCCUGGAGGCUGGAGUACCAGAGGACAAGGUCCAGUAUGCCAUCAUCGGAACUGGGAGCUGCGAGCUGUUUGCAGUUCUUAUUAGUUGUGUGGUGACCGAGAAGGUAGGAAGGCGGGUGCUGCUGAUAGGGGGGUACAGCAUGAUGACCUGCUGGGGAAGCAUCUUCACAGUGGCCCUGAGCCUGCAGAGCUCCUUCCACUGGAUGCCCUACCUGGCCAUGUCCUGCACCUUUGCCUUCAUCCUCAGCUUUGGCAUUGGCCCUGCCGGAGUGACAGGGAUCCUGGCUACAGAGCUGUUUGACCAGACAGCCCGGCCCGCUGCCUACAUGGUCUGUGGGAUGCUCAUGUGGACCAUGCUCUUCCUGCUCUGGCUGGGGUUCCCCUUCAUGCUGGCGAGUUUGUCCCACCUGCUGUAUAUUCCUUUCAUCUGUGUCUGUAUCUGUGCUGCCAUCUACACUGGCUUAUUCCUCCCUGAGACCAAAGGCAAGACCUUUCUGGAGAUCUCCAAGGAACUGCAGAGACGCAGCUCAUCCAGGCAGGAACAGGGCCCCACGCGGACCGGAUCUGAGGUCAUCAUGUCCACGGAGUUCUAGCUGCAAAGGGUCUUGCUCUGUAGUUCAGUCUGGCCUUGAACGCACUUUGGAGCCCAAAUUGACCUUAAACUCCCUAUGAUCCUCUUGCUUCAGCCCUUAAGGUCUGGGAUUACAGGCAUGUGCUACAACAUCCUGGCCAGAACAUCUUGUCUGAAUAGUUGUAAUCUUAAAGAUGCAAAAGAUAAAUUUAUUAUAAAAAUCUGUGUAUAUAUGCUAAGGGUGAAAAGCAUGAGAUAUGGAUACAAUGCAAAGAACUCUUUUUUUGUUGUUGUUAGCACUGUGUUAAAUUGAUUUUCCUUGGCUGUGAAAAAUACCUGAGAUAUAUGAACUUAAACAGAAGAAUGGUUUAUUUUGGCUCAGGGCUUCAGCAGGUCAGUCCAUGGUCACCUGGUUUCAUUGCCUUUAAGUCUAUAGUGGCACAGUGCAUAAUGGAAGGACGUGCACAUAGUGCAGGAGUUGCCCACCUCAAGGGAGCCAAGAGAGAGAGGGAGAGAGAGAGUGUGCACCAGGGGCACCAAUGCACCCUUUAAAGGCUCUCCUGCAAUGCUUUAAUGUUGUCCCACAAGGCUCCACCUUUUAAAGGUUCCACAAUCUCUAAUAGUACCAGUGGGUUGAGGACCAUCCUUUAACAGAGGGCUCUUGGGAGGAUAUUUACCCAAACCAUAGCAGGCCUUUAUUUUUAUUAUUUAUUUAUUGCAGUCCUGGGAGUGGAACCCAGGACCUUUCUACUGAGCUACAUCCUCAGUCCUUUGUAAAUGAAUUUUUUGAGGCAGGGUCUUUCUACAUUGCCUGGGCCAGGUUAAAACUUGCAGUCUUCCUGCCUUGGUCUCCUGUACUGCUGAGAUUACAAGUAUGUUCCACUAUUCCCAGGUUAUGGGUGGCCUUAAGAAGCUACUUAUCUCAGGUAGACACGAACACUACUCUGCAUAACUUCUGGACUCUGAUUUUUGUCUGCAUUUAACAAUAAUGAUUUUAUCUGGGUGUCAUCAACUUUCACAUGAGGAUUAAAUUUCAAAGUAUGAAUUUGGAGGAGGAUAGCCAUAAACCUUCAACCUAUACAUUUUUUUGUUAAGUGAUUUGUUGGGCUUAACAAUAAAUGUACAUUUGACUAUAUAAGAAA